AUGCAACUGAAACCCGAUUUACUCAAGGGGAUUUACGCGUACGGAUUUGAAAAACCGAGCGCCAUUCAGCAGCGUGCCAUUCGACCCAUCAUUCGCGGCCGGGACGUGAUUGCCCAGAGCCAGUCCGGAACGGGCAAGACGGCCGUCUUUUCCGUUUCCAGUCUACAACUGUUGCAAGAGAAUUCACGGGAGUGUCAAGUUUUGAUUCUCAGUCCGACACGGGAAUUGGCGGAACAAACACAAAAGGUCGUGCAAGCCUUGGGUGAUUUCAUGAACGUGCAUUGCCACGCGUGUAUUGGCGGGAAAAGCCUCGGACAGGAUUUGAACGCGUUGGAAAAAGGAGGAAUUCAGAUUAUCUCCGGUACACCUGGACGUGUUUUCGAUUUGAUUCGACGGAACGCUCUGUCUCCCAACCAUCUUAAAGCCAUGAUUCUGGACGAAGCGGACGAAAUGCUCAACCGGGGUUUCAAAGAACAGAUUUACGAUAUUUAUCGGUUUUUGCCAGCAUCGACCCAGGUGGUUUUGAUGAGUGCCACGCUGCCCGCCAGCGUUCUAGACAUGACACGCAAGUUCAUGAACGAUCCUAUUCGCAUCUUGGUUCGGCGCGACGAGUUGACGUUGGAAGGCAUCCGACAGUUCUUUAUCAAUGUGGAAAAGGAAGAAUGGAAAUUUGACACACUCUGUGACCUAUACGAUACGUUGACGAUCACGCAAGCCGUAAUCUUUUGCAAUACGAAACAAAAGGUCGAUUGGUUGGCGGGGAAGAUGAAAGACAAGAACUUUACAGUGUCAGCCAUGCACGGGGAUAUGGAUCAAGGUGCACGCGAUGCGGUCAUGGAAGAGUUUCGCUCUGGAUCUUCGCGCGUGUUGAUCGCGACGGAUUUGUGGGGACGGGGUAUUGAUGUCCAGCAAGUCAGCUUGGUCAUCUGCUACGAUCUUCCAACGAACCGCGAGUUGUACAUUCAUCGGAUCGGGCGGUCUGGUCGGUUUGGUCGCAAGGGAAUUGCGAUCAACUUUGUCCGCGAAGAAGACACCCGACUACUUCGAGAUAUUGAGCAGUUUUACAGUACGCAAAUCGAGGAGAUGCCAACAAAUGUGGGUGAUUUACUGUAG